AUGCUCCGCCAAUCCAUCGUCCGUCCUUUGUCCACUGCCAACCGUGCCCUUGCUACGCGGUCCUUCUCUGCUCUCGCUCCCAGAAUGGCCGAAGGCGAUGUCGGUUCUCCCCGGUCGGGUGGCCAGGCGCAAUCGGACUCGUUCCAGCGUCGUGAAGCCGCUCAGGAAAACUUGUACAUCCACGAGAAGGAAAUCGAGAAGCUCCGAAACCUGAAGAAGUCCAUCUCCGAGCAGCGCGCCCACCUGGAUAAGCUCGACAAGCACAUUGACGAGAUCACCAAGAACCAGGGUGGAGAGCAGAACUAA